UACAAUUAGCUAGUUAGCUUGUAGUACAUGGCGGUUGUGAACAGGGUGGACAGUAAACAUUACCACGGUUAUAACUGUAACUGUUUCAUUAUCAUCAAAACAUGUGCUCGAGUGUGUCGGAAAAGCAGGAUAGUUACAAAAUGUGUAUUUUCAACUUUCAGAUCGGCUCAUCUGUCGUGCUGACAGGAAACUCACUGAAAAAGAGACCGAAACGACGCAAACGUUGAACUAAUGGAGAACGACGACGGCGAAAAAGACACCGAGUCUGAAGAGACCGAGCUCCGUCUAAAAGUGGAGUCGUUGAAGCAGGACCUCCACGAUUGCAGAGCCGAGCUGAUGAAGUUGCAGAAGCUGCUGAACCAGUCCGAACGGCUGCAGCGAAACACGGAGAGCUACAACGAGGACCUGCGGAAACAGGUUGACCAGCUGAGCGCAGAGAUUCAUGAGCGGAAGAAGAAAGAGCAACACAGAGUCGACAGUGAAACUCAGACGGAAGAAUAUGAAUGGACAGAAUCAGAUUAUUACAACUACUACUAUGGAGGCCACUCUCAGGACCCAGAGGCUUCAGACAAUAAAGAUGGCCUGAACGCAGUAGCAGCUGUGGAUGCAGUGAAUGGCAGUGAGGCUUCAACCCCGAUUGAAGCAGCACCUGCUAAUGCUAACCAUGAUGACAGUGUUGCAGUAACAACAGAGGAGGAUAAUGGAGGAUCCAUAGCUGAUAUGUUGAGGGCCACCGCCGAAGAGGCCAUGACACAAACUGGGUUUGUCUUCGAUGAGACAACCGGUCUGUACUAUGACCAUAGCACAGGCUUCUACUACGACUCGGCCAGUCAGUUGUACUAUGAUGCCAACACAGGCAUAUACUACUGCUUUGAUGCAGAGAGUGGACGAUACCAAUUUCAUUCCAAGAUUGAGGUGGCGGCUGUACAAACUGCUGAAGAGCCUUCCUAUGACAAUAGCACUGCUGAAAAGAAGGGCAAAAAGUUGAAGAAAGGGUCCAAGAAAACAUCCCGCCAGAAUGAUAAGGAACCCAUCUUGGAUGAGGUAAAGUUGGAAGAAGAAGAAACUGAGUGGGUUGAAAGGCAAACCACAAAAAGGACCACCAAAUUGAAACGAAAGUCCCACAGUCCAGAUGUGUCUCCACGUAGAAAGAAAUAUUCCAAACACAGAGAGGAGAGUGAAAAAUCCUCAUCAAAGAGGAAGAAGCAGAAAACCGAUUCACACAAAGGUGAUAAGGAUCGAUCAAGGAGGAAAAGGAGGAAAUCCAAAUCGAAAAAAGCGAAGAAGAAAAAGAGUCCGACUCGAAGCGAUGACUCUGAGGGGAACAGUGAACCAGAGGAGGGUGAGAUCACAGAGUCUGAGAAAGAGGAGUGGGAGUCCACUCCCUCGUCCUCCUCAUCUUCCAGCUCCAAGGAAAGCCCAGAGUCAGAAAUGGAGACUCAUGGUCAUGAAGUCAAAGACAUUUGGCCGCCCUGUGUAAGAGUGACGGUGGUCCGAUCCCCGGUGCUGCAGGUGGGCACUCUGUUCAUCAUAACGGCCGACUCUACAGCCACCAUGGGCAGAGAGAAGGACAUGGACCAUGCAAUCAGAAUACCAGAAAUGGGAGUCAGCAAGCUCCAUGCAGAGGUAUACUUUGACCAGGAGCAGCAGGCCUACAUGCUGGUGGACCAGGGAAGCCAGAAUGGAACAGUCAUUAACGGCAACAGGAUCUUGCAGCCCAAAACCAAAUGUGAGCCACACGCACUGAUGCACGGCGAUGAGGUGAAGAUGGGAGACACUGUGCUGUCUUUUCACAUCCACUCGGGGACAGAUACCUGCGACGGCUGUGAGCCUGGUCAGGUGAUGGCUCACCUCAGCAAGCACAGGAGAGAGGAGACUACAGGCCCGAGUCUCACCAAAGAGGAUAAAGAAGCACUGAGGCAAAAAGAGCUGAAGCAGAUGAAGGCUAAAUACGGCCUGCAGGUGAGUGGUAUCAAGACCUGGCACCAGCCAGUUGAGCUCCUCCUCUCUUUAUGCCCUCUCACCUCCCGGUUGUCUUUGCAUAAACAGAGCAGUGAGUUUGAGGAGGCCAAAGCUCUCAAGAACCCCAGAUACCAGGAUCGAGCAGAGUCUCGGCGGCAGACAGUGGGCAGCGAGGGUGUUUUCCAACGGGACGACGCACCGGCUUCUGUUCAUCAGGAGAUCAGCGAAGUCAACAAAGGACGGAAAAUGCUGGAAAAGAUGGGCUGGAAGAAAGGGGAGGGACUGGGUAAAGAAGGAACUGGGAUGAGAGACCCGAUUCAAUUAAAAAUCCGAAAGUCGCAGUCCGGUUUGGGGGCCGGCGCCACCAUGUCUUUAGACAGCGUCUCUGUGACCAAAUCAAAGUCCCAAAAGAACUGGGAGAAAGCACGAGAGAGAUUUGCGGAUUCAUGCCAGCCGGACCUGCUGUCACCCAACCAACAGAAGAACAAGUCACCCAAAGCCUGGGUCAAAGGAGAAGAGACCGAGACCCCAAACACACAAGAAGGUGUUGAUACAAACGACCAAAGUUAAGAAUGACUGAGAAUAAACUGAGGUUUUUAUGUGUCUCUCUCUACUGCCUGAGCAACACUAUUUUCAUGAGAUUCCUCGCUGAGGACAGAAAGCAAAGUCUAUUUCUCUGCUCGCAACUGUCGCAAAGCCGGGAUUUCACCAGGACUCUUUGUAAAACGCUGUCAACCAGCUGUCCACUGCUGUGCAUUAACAUCAUUUGUAAAUGUAACUAUCAGUGGUUGUAGAAUGUGUUUUUAUUCCAUAAGUGAACUGUGUGUUCUGAACAGUCUCAAAGAAAGCUGCAGAGCAGCAGCGCUUGUUUCACGGCCCAGUGUGUCUGAAGUCAUGCCUCACCAAUCACACAGCACACAAAUUGCCUCCAGCAAAUAUUGACAAUGAGCUAUAUUUCUCAGGGUGAGAUCAUGUUAUGAUUAAACAACAGGUCGGUUUAGACCGGACUGUAACUGAUCAUGUAAAACCACUCCCAACUUGGUGUCGGUGUCUCCACAAAACCAAACCAGUGGUGCACAUAAAAGUUUGAACAUUAUCAA